AUGGGUCAAGACGAUAAGAAGCUGGGUGCUUCUGUGUCCAUCGCUGAUGUCGAUGUCGAGAACGGAAUCACUUCCUAUAUUUCCCCUACCACUGGUAAAGCUCUCCACUUGGCAGAGACCAAAGAUGAAGCUUUAGAUUAUAUUAUGUCCCAAGAUGAAGAAAGACCCAUACUUGAUGAAGAGACUGACAGGAAACUCUUGUUUAAGAUCGACUGCUGCGUCUUACCUGUCGUUUGUCUUUUAUAUGCGGUCCAGUUCAUGGAUAAGUCGUCCAACGCAAUGGCUGCUGUUAUGGGCUUGAGAGAAGAUUUGAAUAUGGAGGGUAACAUGUAUUCGUGGACUGGUUCUGCGUUCUACCUUGGUUACUUGGCUUUCGAGCUUCCUUGUUCCUAUACGUUGCAAAAAUUCCCAGUUAUCACUACAGUCUCGAUCUUCAUUGUCCUUUGGGGUAUAGUUUUGUGUCUUCAUGCUGUUCCAAAUUACGAAGGAUUUAUCGCUUUGAGGACUCUUCUUGGUGCCUUAGAGUCUUCUGUUACUCCAGCGUUUGUCAUUGUCACCUCCCAAUGGUACAAGAAGGAAGAGGCUUUCUUCAGAACAGCUUUAUGGUUCUCUUUCAACGGUGUGGGCGUAAUGCUCGGCUCUAGUGCCGUUGCCUUGUCUCUCUACAAUAACAUGGAUGGCUACGCAAUUGAAGCCUGGAGGUUGAUCUUCAUUAUAACAGGUGCCAUCACCAUCUUCAUGGGCUUCGUUGUUUUCUUCCAUCUUCCUAACAAGCCAACCGAGGCAUGGUUUUUAACUGAUCAUGAGAAGAGGCUCGUUGUUGAGAGAAUUAGAAGCAACCAACAGGGUUUUGGUAACAAAACUUUCAAGAAAUACCAACUCAUUGAGGCCAUUACCGAUAUCAAGACUUGGCUUUACUUCUUCAUUGGAGUUGCCACCACCAUUCCAAAUGGUGGUCUUACAAAUUUCAGUUCAAUCUUGCUUCACGAAUCUUUCGGAUAUGGUGUCCCAGAGACUCUCAAAAUCCAAACUGUGUGUGGUGCUAUAGAGCUUGUGGGGUGCUCUCUUUUCGGGUAUGCUUAUAAGUUCUAUCCAAAGAGACUCUUUUGGGCCAACGCAGCCAACAUUGUGGUUCUUGUGGGUCUCUGCUUGGUGGCAUUUGCUCCUGAUAAGCAUGCCCAGUUAGGCGGAUACUGCCUUUUUUACGUGUGUCCUGUUGUGAUGAUUUGUGGUUUGUCUUCCUCUGCUUCGAAUGUGGCUGGCCACACGAAGAAAGUAACGGUGAAUGCCCUCUUUUUGAUCGGUUACUGUACUGGUAACUUGGUCGGUCCCCAGACCUUCAGAGCUGAACAAGCUCCUGACUAUGUGGGAGCUAAGGUUGCAAUGGUCAUCUGUACCGCCUUCACCUCUGUCUUCAUGGCUAUGGUUUGGAUAGUGAUGGCGAGAGAGAACAGAAUCAGAGACGCAAAGGGAGACAACCAUGAACAGUUUGAUAAAAUAGAAGAUCUUGAAUUUGCCGACUUGACAGACAAAGAAAACCCCUUGUUUAGAUAUACUAUCUAG